AUGGGCAGCAUCACAGUCGCAUCCUACGUAGCGCCCAAUCAGCGCUACACCACCGGAUUCUCUGGGCAAGCGCAGGGCAGCAGUAGCCCAUCUUCGGCGUCCACGUCCAGUACAACGGCAACAUUCGGCGAACCUGUGCCGGGCAAUGACGAUCACUUGAGCCGUUACAGGGCCAGUCCACAUCGCUUUGCUGGCCAGCCGUACAGCGGCACGAAUCGUAACGACAUGUCGAUGAAUGGGACGAGUGCCCUGAGCAUAGAAGAUCUCACAAGCUCGUUUGCCGGCUUCGAGCCUGUCGAGAGUGGUGCAGAGAGGGAACUGAGGCGGGAGCUCAAGUCGACACUCAUGAUGCCCCCGCCUGCUUUUCCUAGACACAACACGGCAGUAGGCAACCAGACGGGCAGUGUGGCGAUGCCUGUCAACGGCAACAAACAAAGCGUGGGCACGAUUGCACCACCGUCUAGCUACACUUCGUCGUCUUACUACCAGCCUGGUCAAGCCUCGCUGACUAACGGCCUACCGAGCAGCAACAGUCUAGAUCAAGGGGACUACGCAUACGCAAUGCGACAAUCGCAUGCGAUAGAGGUCCCGCCUAACACGCCGCAAGAGACACCUGCCAGAUCACCCGAGCGAGCCGAGCGAGGUCUGGCGGCACACAUGCACUACGCGCACCAGGAAGCAUCUUCGGGUCGCAUGCCGGGGGAUCAGUACGAUGAGACAGGCUCAAAAGAUGAGCACAUGUCCUCAGAUUGA